UGACCAUAAACAAAUGACACGUGCUUGAAAUACAGAGACUUUAUUAUAAACUUUUGGGAUUAGCUACUACAUUUAUUGAUAAAACGACCAUGUCCUUUCAGCGCAGCUACAGUAAAGUCUGGUGGGGCUCGGAGAGUCAGCAGUUGGGCGGCAGCUUCACCAGCGGUGGCUACUACUCGCAUUACAAUUACCAGCAACAGCAGCAGCAACCCGCAUCAUUGGACAGCGCCUUGCAGCGACAUCAGCAGCAGCAGGAGAAGCAGCAAUCACAUCAAGCUGGCAAUUUGUCCAGCAUACAGGAGGAUGAUGAGCAGAAUUGCUCGAAGCUAUCCUGGCAUAAGCACGACAGUCCCGGCAGUCUGCGCAGUCAGGACUCUGGUUUCUCGGACAAUGAGGAGCAGCACAAUAGCCAAACGCAGGCAGCGGCGGCAGCAGCAGCAGGCGCGGGACUCAACAGCAGCAGCACAGAGGAGGCGACGCCCAGUGCCUCGCCCACAUCGCUGCGCUCAAUAGCAACGCCGCCCACUGUUAUACGCCGUGUGGGUAACUCGGCCUUUUACUCGCCAUUGGUGAACGUCACGCGUCGCAUUUCGUUUAGUGGACUAACAACGCAACAGGCAGUGGCUGAUGAUGAAGCUGUUGAAGAUGAUGAGGCAAGCCGCAGUCGUUUGUUUGAGCAAUUGGAUAGCAUGCAGCUGGAUGACAAGGAUAUGACUGUCAAAGCGACGGCAGCGACGCCGCCGCGUGCAGCGCGUAGACGCAAGCGCAAGUCAAAGCAGCAGCUGAAUGAACUGGAGCUAAUAGCGCCGCCGCCUGCUUACAACAAUGAAACUGUUUAUUUGGGUGAAGCGCCGCCGCCUUACAACAAUGAAACUGUUACUUUUGGCAUAGAUGAGGAGCUGGAGCCGCUGUCGCCGCUGCGCAGUCGCUUUACUGCCAGCACCAGCACGCCCAAGGCAGCGCGCAGCGUCAAGAAGCAGCCACAACCUGUGCCCAGCUGGUUAACCGAUCAACGCUGGAGCUGCGAGCCUGAGGUCAUGUGCAUGCUGCAGCACAAAUCCAUAGCGCAGGAAGCUUACAAAAACUUUACCAUAACCAACAGCGCUGUGGCCAAGUUAAUGCGCCAGCUGCAGCAGCAAGCGCUGCAGCUGCAGUCGCAGUUCGAACGCUGCGAGCGCGUGCUGAAUGGUCAACAGGCCUGCACUUUGCCUGAAGCGCUGGCGAGCGCCACACAGCUGCUAACGCAGCUUGAUGAAUUUACGCGCACGCUUGAGCGACGCAGCAUAUUUUUCAAUGAGGAUCGUCUCGAGCGUCGUCGCUACGAUCAGCAGCUGCAGCAAAUACGCACAGUGGGCAAAGAUGCGCGUUAUUCGCUUGAGCGACAGCAUUACAUGAAUCUCGAAUCGCUGCUGGACGAUGUGCAGCUGCUUAAGCGACAUACGCUUAUCGCUUUGCGUCUCAUUUUCCAGCGCUUGGCGCGCAUUUUGGUGCUUAGCAUUGAGCAAAGUCGCUGCGAUUUGCUGCUGCGCGCCAACAUCAACAUGUUGGCCACUUUGAUGAACAUUGACUACGAUGGAUUUGCCUCGCUCUCCGACGCUUUUGUGCAGAACGAAGCUGUGCGCGCGCUGCUGCUCAUUGUGCUCGAUCAUAAGCUGAGCUCGGUGCGCGCUUUGGCGCUGCGUGCGCUUGCUACGCUUUGCUGCGCGCCGCCUGCGAUUGUGCAGCUUGGCAGCUGUGGCGGCAUAGAAAUCGUGCGCGAUAUUCUGCAGCCGCAGCAGCAGCUGGAACGCGGCGCCAUUGAGCGUCGUGAGGCGGUUUCGCUGCUCGCACAAAUCACCGCCAGUUGGCAUGGCCCAGAGCAUCGCGUUGCUGGUCUACGCGCUGCUGCUGAGUCGCUCGUCGCUGGACUUGCCGCUCUACUGCAGCCGGACUGCUGCUCGCAGACUUUGCUGCUCUGCGCUGCGGCGCUGAACAAUCUCAGCCGCAUGGAGCUGACCUCCCACUAUUCCAUUAUGUCAAAUGAGGCCAUCUUCAAGCUGAUUUCAACGCUGGAGCAUCAAAGCAGCGGCAUCAGCGUCUUUCUCUAUGAGCAAAUCGUUGGGAUGCUGCACAACAUGUCGCUGAACAAGAAGUGCCAUAGCCACUUGGCCAAUGGCAUCAUCAUAAAUUUCAUCACGUCCGUUUACCAAACGGAAUUCUACAAGACCUACGGCUCACGUGCCGAAUGCGAUGCUCAGCGUCGCAGCAUCAAGUCGGUGCUGCAUACGCUGACGCGUUUGGUUCAGGACUCGCACACACUCGGCGCUGAGCUGGUGGAGCAAUGGCGACUGCCGGAGCUGCUGCGACAAUCGCUAGCGUCCAGCUCGACAAUAAAUGCUACAGCUGCUCAAUUGGACAAUAGCGCUGGCUACAGUGGAGACAUUUCCCAUUUGGCGCGACAAUUGCUGCAGUCACAUCAGCAGGAACAGCUGCUGCUGCUGGCGACGGCGACGUCACAGGAUAUGCCAAGUGGCGCUUUCAGUAGCGCGCACCAGACGCCCGAGGCUCAGGCAACGACAACAAAAAAGUCAAAGUCGCCAACGCUCAAAUUCAAUUUAACACGUCAAGAGAGUUUCGUCUAGUUUCCGAUGCCGCUGCCCACACCUGAGUGGCCACUACGCUUAUUUUGUAUUUUAUUUUCUUUUUUUGUAGCUUGGCGCACGUUCACGACGGACAGACAGACAGACAGCAAGUCCGAACGUGCGUCAAGUGUUAUUGCUUGUCUGGUCACUGCGUGACCCGUAUCCGGCUCCAGCUCCAGCUCCAGCUCGAAUUGAAUUGCUUGUAAAUAUAAACGAAGUAAUUUUUUAUAUUUCCUACCAAGCAGCUGCAGCAGCCCCUGGAGCUUGUAUCAACAUAACUUUUGCAUGCUUGUUGCUACUAACAAACUUGUUUAAAGUGCAUUGUCGCCCCAGCCCUGAUUUGUUUAAAGUGCAUUGUAAAUAUUUUCCAGCAUAACCAAAUCUAUUUUAUAGUCAAUUUCUGUGCCAAAUAUACAUAAAUUUAUAAACUGCAGUACUUAAAGCAACCAUUUUGUAUAUAAAACGUAAU